UCAACCCAUAAUAUCCACAAACCAAACUAAUAACUAGCUAAAAAAUACAGCAUUAACAUCUCAAAAUCCUUCCAAUUAUAUCAUACAAUUACAUCUAUAUAAUAUUCGCAAGAUGAAGGGCCAUUAUAGUAAAGUCAUGUUGAUUUUGUUUAUAAUGUCACUUGGUUUAGUUGGGACGUUAGUGAAUGGGCAGGGCACUAGAGUUGGGUUCUACUCAAGAACAUGCCCCAAAGUAGAGUCCAUUGUUAGAUCAACCAUGGAGACUCAUUUUAAAUCCAAUCCUCGAAUAGCUCCAGGAAUCUUGAGAAUGCAUUUCCACGACUGCUUUGUCCAUGGCUGUGACGGUUCAAUCCUUAUCGAGGGUGCAGCAACUGAAAAGACUGCUCCACCCAAUAGUGGAAUACCUGGCUACAAUGUCAUAGACGAUGCUAAGCAACAAGUUGAAGCUGCAUGCCCUGGUGUCGUUUCUUGUGCUGAUAUUCUAGCUCUCGCUGCUCGUGACUCUGUCGUCUUGACAAAAGGCUUCAGCUGGAAAGUGCCUACUGGGCGUAGAGAUGGGCUCGUUUCAUCAGCAAGCGACACUAACAACUUGCCCGGAUUUAGGGAGUCCAUUGAUUUACAGAAAGGCAAGUUUUUAGCCAAGGGGCUCAACACUCAAGAUUUGGUCACCCUAGUUGGUGGACACACCAUUGGCACCACUGCAUGCCAACUCUUCAGAUACAGACUCUACAACUUCACCACCACCGGAAACGGCGCCGAUCCCACAAUCAACCCUUCUUUCCUUCCUCAACUCAGAGCUCUUUGCCCGGACAACGGCGAUGGGGCCAAGCGGGUUGAUAUGGACACGGGCAGCGCAGCCAAUUUUGAUGCUACUUUCUUCAGAAACUUGAGAAAUGGUCGUGGAGUAGUUGAGUCGGAUCAGAAGCUGUGGACUGAUCCUUCCACCAAGCCCUUCGUCCAACGGUUCUUGGGGGAGAGAGGAUUGAGGAGCUUGAACUUCAAUGUUGAGUUUGGAAAAUCUAUGGUCAAGAUGAGCAACAUUGGUGUCAAAACUGGCAGUGACGGUGAAAUUCGAAGGCUUUGCACUGCUUUCAAUUAACUCAUGAUCACAUUUUAUUCAUUCAUUUCUUUCAUUUGUUUGUUGUUUAUAAUUGAUUCAAUGACCUAUUAUCUAUGGUGGAACACCAUGUGUAGUCUUUAUUAAUAAAGUUAUUUGUGAUUAUAAUCUCAUUUCUUAUUCA